AUGUACAUUUCGUUUUUGUUUCGCUAUGUUUCACUGAAUGUGGCUAAUAUUGCGUUGAUUCGGUCACAAUUCCUCCCGACCCUCGGUAUCUCACACCUCCCGACCCCUCGGUAUCUCACACCUCCCGACCCCUCGGUAUCUCACACCUCCCGACCCCUCGGUAUCUCACACCUCCCGACCCCUCGGUAUCUCACACCUCCCGACCCCUCGGUAUCUCACACCUCCCGACCCUCGGUAUCUCACACCUCCCGACCCUCGGUAUCUCACCUCCCGACCCUCGGUAUCUCACACCUCCCGACCCUCGGUAUCUCACACCUCCCGACCCCUCGGUAUCUCACACCUCCCGACCCUCGGUAUCUCACACCUCCCGACCCCUCGGUAUCUCACACCUCCCGACCCUCGGUAUCUCACACCUCCCGACCCUCGGUAUCUCACACCUCCCGACCCCUCGGUAUCUCACACCUCCCGACCUCGGUAUCUCACACCUCCCGACCCUCGGUAUCUCACACCUCCCGACCCCUCGGUAUCUCACACCUCCCGACCCUCGGUAUCUCACACCUCCCGACCCCUCGGUAUCUCACACCUCCCGACCCCUCGGUAUCUCACACCUCCCGACCCCUCGGUAUCUCACACCUCCCGACCCCUCGGUAUCUCACACCUCCCGACCCCUCGGUAUCUCACACCUCCCGACCCCUCGGUAUCUCACACCUCCCGACCCCUCGGUAUCUCACACCUCCCGACCCCUCGGAAGUCCUCUUCCUACAUGGCCCCCUCUCUGAUAUCCUUGAUGGCUACUUUGUGUUGAGCUCUCCCCAGCUGCACUACCCCAAACUGACCACAACCCAGCUCCUUCAUGAAG